AUGCCCCCAAAAACUGAAUGGCGGCACGUUCCCACGCGCUUCAACCCAGCGGAUCUGAAUUCGCGAGGUGUAGACGCCGCAGAACUCAUUCAGUCCGAAUUAUGGAUUUCCGGGCCGAAAUGGCUUCGACAAUCAGAGGAAAAUUGGCCGAAAUCGCCAGUCUCGCUCGAGACCGAGGAGGAAGAGUACCGGUGCUUGAAAAAGCGCAAGGGAAUCCCUGCGACAUCUCCUCUAAAGAGCCUAAACCCUAUUCUCGGCGAUAAGGAAGUCUUACGAGUGGGUGGAAGGUUGGAGAAUGCGACGCUUGCAUGGGAAACCAAACACCCGAUUAUCCUGCCGAAACAUCAUGUGUCUAACAUGAUAAUCAGGCAAUGCCACGUGGAUACGUUGCACGGGGGUUUGCAAUUGACCAUGUACACGGUGAGACAGAAAUUCUGGAUCAUCGGCUGCCGAAACGCGGCGCGCACGGUUAUCCACCAAUGCAUACGAUGCGUGAGAUGGCAAGCAAAUACCUCCACGCAAAUUAUGCAGGAUUUAAUCCCGGAGCGCAGUCGCGCGGCACGACCUUUCUCAAACUGCGGAGUCGACUACGCGGGACCGUAUCGGGUCCGCGACUCCGCCGGUCGUGGGGAAACGGCUCAUAAAGCAUACAUAGCAGUGUUCAUCUGCUUCGCUACGAGAGCCGUGCACAUCGAACUCGUCCAUGAUUAUACGACGAGUGCAUUUCUGGCCGCAUUAGACCGAUUUAUCGCCCGCCGAGGAGUUCCGUCCUGCAUGUUCAGUGAUAACGGAACGAACUUCGUCGGAGCAGAUCGGGAAUUGAAGGAACACUUCAAUACGGUGUAUCAAACCCCAGAAAUGCGAACGAAGUGCGGUCAAAAGGGCAUUAAGUGGAGGUUUAAUUCACUCAGUGCUCCCCACUUUGGUGGUAUGCAAGAAGCCGGCGUGAAAUCGGUGAAACAUCACCUGAAACGCAUCAUCGGCGAAUUUACACCCACAAGCGAGGAAAUGCAGACACUCCUCUGCAAGUUCGAGGCGAGUCUGAAUUCGCGACCGAUCGCCGCUUUGAGUGACUGUCCCGAGGAUUAUGUCCCUCUCACGCCUGGCCACUUCCUAAUAGGCGGACCGAUGAAUGCACUUCCGGUCGAUGCAAACCCCUCUUCUCCCCCGAAUCAAUGGGAAAUGGGACGAAUCGAGGAAGUAUUACCGGGCCGAGACAGGUGCGUGCGUCGUAGUUAA